AUGGCCGAGGCUGCCGAGGACUCCACCGAAACACUCGACAAGAAGUGGUGGUCUGAGGACGACGACAUCUUGCUGCUAACGCAGAUCAACAACGAUCGGCCGUUCUUGCAACGGCAAGCCACAAAGGCAUGGGAGGCCAUGGCGUUGACACUGCGUGGGAUCGAUGAGUUUAACCAGCAAGGAAUCGACGGGAAGAAGGCCCAAAACCGUUUCCUUCUGUUGAUGCGUCAACACAAGACGCGAAAAGAAACGGCGGCUCGGCUGUCAGGUGCCGCGGAGGAGGAGACAGCGAAGUCCCGACUGCUUGAUGACUUGGCGUCGCUGUUCAAUGACGCUAUUGUGAAGCGCAAGAAGGCUGCGGCUGUUGUGGAUGCUGCCGAGAAGGCAGAAAAGGUCAAGUUUGUUCGUGAGCAAGCAAUGCAACGUGGACGUCGCCAGUCUUUCUCGGACUCUUCUGAUGUUGCGGAACCUACUGUCACCAGCAAACGAAAGAUGAUCAUGGAUGCCCAUGAGAUGGAAGUCGCGCUGGAACUAGAGAAAUUGGAGUUCAAAAGACUCAAGUUCGAGCGUGAGCUGGAAGAGCGUGCCAAGGGCCGCGAGGAGCGUGAAAAAUAA